CAACCCUGGGCGCUGGCUGUACGAGGGAGGUAAUAGCCGUGCAGGGAGCCGGGGAAGCAGCCGCGGAGGCCCUCUCCUACAGGGCGCUGCCUAACCACUUCUGCCUCUCUCUGUGCUCGCAGCUCUGUUGAAGAUGCACUGGACACCAGAGCAUGCCCAGCCCCUGAACCAGUGGCCGGAGCAGCACCUGGACGUCUCCUCCACGACCUCGUCGCCAGCCCACAAGUCGGACCUCUACCACAGCAGCCGGCAGCGGUUCAACUAUGCCUGGGCCAAUGACGACAUCUCUGCGCUGACGGCGUCCAACCUCCUCAAGAGGUAUGCGGAGAAGUACUCGGGGGUGCUGGACUCGCCCUACGAGAGGCCGGUGCUGAACAGCUACGGGGAUGGGGCCUUCGGGCCCAUCAACGGGCAGAAAGGAGACGUGGAGCCGUGGCCCAUGCCGCACGGCUCAGACAGCGCUUACCCCCUGAACCCCAUGCACGAUGGACUGCCCGGCUCGAAGGGGGUCGUUCCCGCAGCGGUCACCCCCGGGAACGGGCCCGUGGGGCUCGGCAGCUCCCCCGUCGUCCCCGGGAACCUGUCUGACCCCAUUUAUCCCAGUAACUCGUGUGGCGGGGCCACCACGUCCAGCGGCCUCGGGUCGUCUCAGGAGUUUAGCUCAGGCUACAGCAGUGCCUACUUGCCAUCGGGCUACUGCAGCCAGCCCACCACAGCACUUCCCCCCCCGCACCCCUCCAGCCUGCACGGCUCCGGACUCCUGCAGCCCGCGCACCCCCCCGCCGCACUGGUCUCCAGCUACAGCUCCUCUGGCCCCAUGUACAACUAUGCCUCGGGCAGCUACGCGCCGCAGCCUGGCUACGGGGGCAUCCACCCCCCGCACCCCUCCGCCUCGUACCUGCCCUCAGGCAUUGCUGCUCCCACGCCCAUCCCGCCUCCUCCGCCGUCCUCCCGGCCCCCCGUGGUGCCAGCCUACAGCUACCAGAGCUCCAGCCUGGCCCCGCUGGCAGUGCCGCCUCCGCUGGGCAGCGAUUCUGGGGGCUCUCUGAAACGAAAGGCCUUCGACAUCGCCGGCGGGGAGGAGGAGGGUGAAGGCAGGUACAGGAAAUACAGCUACGAGCAACCAAAGUCCACCCCCCAGUCCCCCUACCCCAUGUCCGACAACGGCGAAUGUAGAGGCAAUGGCUUCCGCCGGAGCACUGAGACGCCCCAGGUGCCCUUCAAGGCUGGGAAGAGGCCGGCGGGAGCGGCGACGACCGUGGCCUCGGAGGAGCACGCGGAGAAGUACAACAGCCAGCCCAUGAAGGGCCUGGUCUCGCCCCCGUACAGCGCCGGGGAGGCCCCGCUGCGCUCCGGCGAGAGCUUCGACAAGUUCACGCCUCCCCUUGCCAACGGCGAAGGCGAGCAGGGCCAUGCCUUCACCCUCCGCAUGCAGGCCAAGCCCCAGCCCUGCGGGAGCCAGCCCGGGGAGGAGCAGCCGAAAAACACGGACCCUCUGAUGCUGGAGCUGGUGAACAGCAAGAUCGUGGACUGCGGCGCCCCCGUCCAGUGGACAGACAUCGCCGGGCAGGUCUCCAUCAAGGCGGCCAUCGAGGAGGAGCUGGUGUGGCCCAUCCUGAGGCCUGGGGCUUUCACGGGGUCGAGCCGGCCACCCAGGACCAUCCUGCUGUUCGGGCCCCGGGGGGCAGGGAAGACCCUGCUGAGCAGAUGCAUCUCCACCCAGCUGGGCUCCACCUUCCUGAAGCUCAGCGGGCCGGCGCUGCUGUCCAAGUGGAAGGGCGAGGCCGAGAAGGUCCUGCAGACGGUGUUUUUCGUGGCCAGCUGCCGCCAGCCGUCGGUGGUGCUCAUCACCGAGGUCGAGUCCCUCCUCCCGGCCCGGGCCGGCGAAGACGCCGCCCAGACGAGCCACCUCAAGUCUCAGCUGCUCUCCUACCUGGACAACGUCGCUACCUCGGCCGAGCAGAACGUCGUCGUCAUCGGCACGACCGCCCGGCCCAGCACCAUGGACGAGGCCUCCCACCGGCGGUUCGCCAAGCGGUUCUACAUCUCCCCGCCCGACAGCAUCGCGCGGCGCCAGAUCCUGCACCACACCCUGGCCCAGCAGAACUACUGCCUCAGCGAGAGGGAGAUGGCCUCCCUGGUGCAGCACACGGAGAGCUACUCGGGCAGCGAGCUGAUCCAGCUGUGCCAGCAGGCGGGGGCCACCCAGCUGCAGGGCCUGCCGGGCCAGCUGCAGCCCACCUCUUACAAGGACUUUGAGAACGCCUUCUGCAAGGUCCGCCCCGCCAUCUCCCAGAAGGAGCUGGACGUGUACGCGGAGUGGGAUAAAAUGUACGGGUCCAGACACUGACGGUGCACGGAGGCAUCGGAGAGGGGCCGGCCGGGGGAGCCGAGCCCUCAGCCCCACCUGAGACUCCAGCGGCGUCUUCUCGCCGUUGGCGUUGCUUUUAUUCUGGCUCAACCUCGGAGAGGAAGGUUUUGGGCUCUCUCUUCAUUUCCCGCGACGAUCCGCUGCCCUGGAGUCUCUGCCCCGGCCCCAGCAUUUCAGCUCCGCAACGCUUUGCCCUCGUCUUUUCCAAGCCGAUCAGCAGGUGAAAUGCAAAAGCCUCCCCCCGAAAUCCCACCUACAACCAAUGCAUACCCUUUUUUUUUUUUUAAUUAUUAUUAUUAUUAUUAUUUCAGAGUGGACUGGGUUUUUUUGUUGUUUUUGAAAGUAGUCGUUCACUGAACUCAGGAUAAUCUAUUUAUUAUUCGUCUACUUUCCCGUUCUUCGGUUUCUAGACCAGCCAUGGAAAGAAAGCAGCCAGGCAGAGGCGCUUGCGGUCCGAGCUCUGUGCUGGUGGAGCGGCUCUCCCACCUGUUUAUGGAGACCCGCUUUUUUUUCUUUUUUGGUCUUUUUUUCAGCCGUCAUGUAACUAAACCAGCUCUUUUUGGAUGUGGCCCUCCAGGCAGCUUGCUGUACUGCGGUGCCCAUGCCUUGGACUCAUUCCCAAGAAGAUCUUGAUAGCCUUUCAAGCCAUCAUCAGGAAUUUAUUAUUAGGAAUAAAUGGCAGGGGAGAGGGUAGGAGGGAGGGGAAAACACAAAACUGA